AUGGACGAGGAGAUGUUAAUCAUGGAGGUGCAAAAUCAUAAAAUCAUCUAUGACCCGUCACAUCCUUCCUAUAAAGAUAACCAUAAAAAGGAUUUGGCAUGGAAUACCAUCGCAGGAGUAAUGGGAGUGGAUGUUGAUCUUUGCAAGGCAAAAUGGCAGUAACUGAGGGACAGCUUUGUAAAAAAACGCAAAAAAGUGUCUAUCAGUGGUUCUGCAGGAGGCUCCCAAAGAGAGUGGAAAUACAUGGACAUUAUGUCCUUUCUUCUGUCCCACCUACAACCAAGAAGCUCUAAAAGCAACCUGAGUGCUGCUUUUUCAGAGGAGGACAGGUCAUUAACACCACUGUCAGCAUGUGGUUCUGAUGAGCAGGCUCCAUCAAGUGCACCAGUGCCGCAGGACAGACAGGGACCACAGUCUGUCUCUCUAGCACAGACUGUUUCUGCAGCACCAUCAGCACCCACAACAUCUGGGGAGACAGACAGGCCCCACAGGUCCCGGAGCCCAAGGGAGAGGGGGUCUCGUACAGACACAAGGAGGAGCCACAGACCACAGCUAUCAGAUGUGGAAGACUGGCUUAUGUCACUUUUACAGGGGCCGCUUCCCAAACCGGACAGUCAGCUAGACGAAUGCUAUCCUUUUGCAAUGAGUCUGUUUCCACAACUCCACCGACUGGACCAAAACAGGAGGCAGCAGGCCAAGAUUGGCAUUUUAAACCUGCUGCAUAACAUUGAGAGCAGCACAGCCUCAUUUCAACAAAUGCCACUUCAUCAAAGCCCUGCUCCUACACAAACCCGCCCUUCAUUCCACACCCCCGCUACACCUCUGCCUAGGCCAGGUACUUUCAGGCCAAUUACCCAUCCCCCACCAGUUAAUCCAGUAGGGCCAUUUACUAGGAUGCUGGCCUCAGAUGACGACCCACAGUGGGAGAGGAGCAGCUCCCCGUACACAGACCUUUAA